AUGAACAUCCUGCUGAUUCGGACCGACCGUCGAGAGGGUCUGAUGCGAGCCCGCAUGAAGGCAGUUCGGGCCGCCGACUCGAGUCGCGAGUCCCCGUCGAGCCGACCGGCGCCAGGAGACGAGCGCGAAGAGGCGCUCACCUUCUUGGACAGCCACGUGGAAGUGAUGCCCGGCUGGCUGGAGGGCCAGCUCUACCGACUGGCGCCGCGGUCGGCGCCAGAUCGUUCGAGCCCUGCUCGCGACCGUCUCAUCGUCAGUCCAAUCAUAGACCCGAUUGAUGCGCACACCUUCCACAUGGGCCAAGCCAUGCAGGGUCUCGAGGGCGCGUUUGACUGGCGUUUCAUGUUCUACUGGCGACAGCCGGCCGCCUCGUCCAAUCGCACCGACCCACACGACCGUCGAGUCCGGCCCUAUCCGAGUCCCGUCAUCGCGGGUGGCAUCUUCAGUCUGCUCAAACGGACCUUCCUCCGUCUGGGCGGCUAUGACGAAGAGAUGCGCACGUGGGGCGUCGAGAACAUCGACCUCUCGUUGAGGGCCUGGCUGUGCGGCGGCAGGAUUGAGAUGCUGCCCUGUUGCCGGGUGGGACAUGUCUUUCGCGCCUUUCACCCCUACACCUUCGCGACCGGCCACCUCGAAGCCGGGCCCAUGGGGACGAAUGGUGGACUCGUGAACACGUCAGAGCACACGUCGGCACAUGACGUCGUCGAGGCCGGACAGAAAAGGCUUUACGCCAAUUCGAGAUCUUCAAAAACCAUGACGUUUCUACGCAACGCCAAACGUUUGGCUCUUGUCCACUUGCUGCACCGCUCCUCGCAGACACAGACUCGAGCCAGCCCAGGCCGGCAGGCGGCGGAUUUGAUGCAUCUUCACUUGGCCAAGUUCUACACCGCCCUGCCGCAGGCACCGCGGCUGGCGGCUGGCGAUGUCUCAGAACGGCGUCGUCAACUGCAUCAACUCGCCUGUCAUGAGUUCUCGUGGUUCCUGGACGCAGUGGAUCCGCAACUGGGCAAGAUGGCCGCCGAGAUGGCCGUUACGUCAGUGGCGGAGUCGUUUGCUUGGAUGGAUGCAAUGGCCGCCAGAAUGGACGGCGGCUGA